AUGGCCUCCUCUUCCAAAAGGCCCAACAUCAUCUUCAUCAUGGCCGAUGACCAUGCGUCCAAGGCUAUUAGCUGUUACGGUGCUGGCAUCAACCACACCCCCAACAUCGACCGUCUAGCCCACGAAGGGAUGAAGUUCAACCAUUGCUACGUAACAAACUCGAUCUGCACGCCAUCGCGCGCGGCCAUCCUGACGGGGACACACAACCAUGUCAACGGCGUCAUGACGCUAUCGUCCAAGAUUAACAAGCUGAUGCCCAACGUGGCUAAGCAGCUGCGCUCGGGAGGAUACCAGACGGCCAUGAUUGGCAAGUGGCACCUAGGCGAAGGGGUUGAGCAUGAGCCGAGCGGGUUCGACUACUGGAGCGUGGUACCAGGCCAGGGCGCGUACUGGGACCCGACAUUCCUAGAGCCAGAGGGCAAGGAAGUGGAAGUGGAAGGUUACGUGACGGACAUUAUCACGGACAAGACACUCAAUUUCAUCCGUGAGCGCGACCAAGACAAGCCCUUCUUUGUGAUGUGCCACCACAAGGCGCCUCAUCGGUCGUGGGAGUGUCAUGACAGGCACAAGCACCUGUACACAGACAGGAUCAAGGUGCCUGAGACGUACACGGACGACUACAAGAACAGGGCGCGCGCGGCCAAGGCGGCCAAGAUGCGCGUCGCUGAGGACAUGACCUACUUCGACCUGGGACUGGCCCAACCUGACGGCGGCAAAGUCGUGGGUGAGCCAAUUUUCUCUGCCAUGGGCUUCUCCCAGCGCAAGAUACCUGCGCCCUCAGACGACGAGUUGAAAAACUUUAAGCUCGUCGAUGUGGAGGAGGGGACCGUGUUCAGGUUCAAGACGUCAGCCGAGCUGGCCGACUUCAAGUUCCAGCGCUAUAUGCAGAGAUAUCUUCGGACGAUCCAGUCAAUCGACGACAGCGUGGGGACGACCUUGGAUUUCCUAAAGAAGGAGGGUCUUGACGAGAACACCAUCGUCAUCUACACAUCCGACCAGGGCUUCUUCCUAGGCGAGCACGGCUGGUUCGACAAGCGAUUCAUGUACGAGGAGUCCUUCCAGAUGCCUUUCCUGAUCCGCUACCCGCCCGAGAUCAAGGCCGGGACAGAGUGCAACGACAUCAUCUGCAACGUCGACUUCGCCCCUCUGUUCCUCGAUUUCGCCAGCCUGAAAGUGCCCACCUACAUGCAGGGCGUCUCGUUCCGGAGCCUUCUCCACGAGAAAACACCCGAGGACUGGCAACAGGUAGCGUACCACCGCUACUGGAUGAACAACGAUUGGACCCACCACGCGAGGGCACACUACGGCGUGCGAGACCAGAGGUACAAGCUGAUCUACUGGUACAACCAGGCGCUGGGGGUGCCUGGGGCCGAAGAUCCAUACGAGGACGAUGCGGAUAGGGAGUGGGAGCUGUUUGACUGCAAGGAGGAUCCGCUGGAGUUAUUUAAUGUGUACAAUGAGCCAAAGUACCAGGACACGGUCAAGCGUAUGUUGGUUAUGCUGGAGACGAAGAUGGCCGAGAUUGGGGAUGAGCCUGUUCAUGACAGUGCCACAGUGCAAGCCUCAUUCAGUCUCACCAAGUAG